AAUAUAAAAGAAAUAAAUAAUGAAAUGUGAUAGAAAAAGAAAAGAGAUAAGAAGGGAAAGUAUGAUGAGAUAAAAAAAAUGAUGGUAUAUAUCAUAAAAACCCCUGCCCAACAAUAUAAACUAGUGCUUCAGUUAAUUGCAACUGGUUCUGCAGGUGUUCAUUAUUAUCAUGUCGAAUGAAGAAGGGGUAGAUGCAACUAACGAAGUCAAGGUUAGGAGUGAAAGCUACGAUGUUUUUAUCUCUUUUCACGGAGAAGAUACCCGCCGCAACUUCACUAGUACUCUCUACGAUGCUUUGCGCCACAAGAGAAUUAAGACCUUCUUCUUACAUGAAACUGAUCAUCGUGGAGAGGAUCCACCCUCUACUGUCAAAGCAAUUCAAGAAUCAAGGAUUUCAAUUGUUGUUCUCUCCAAAAACUACGCAUCUUCCUCGUUUUGUCUCAAUGAACUUGUCAACAUCAUUGAGUGUAUGAAGAUGAACAACCAGCUGGUCUGGCCCAUCUUUUACAAAGUGGAGCCAUGGGAGGUAAGACAUCAGCGACGCACGUAUGAGGCAGCCAUGUUGCGGCAUGAAGAAAGAUUGGGACAUGAUUCUCAGAGUAUUGUGCGGCGAUGGAGGGCAGCUAUGUUAGAAGUCGGCAACUUGAACGGAUGGCUUUACCGUGAGAAUGAGUACGAAUAUGAAUUCAUCCAGAGGAUUGUGGAAUUAGCCGUUCAAUCGCUGCCUCGCUUUGAUGUUUUCCUCAGUUUCAGCGGGGAAGAUACUCGGUACUCCUUUACGGGAUUUCUUUAUCACGCGUUGCGUCAAGAGGGAUUCAAAACCUUUAUGGAUGAUGAGGAAUUGGAGGGCGGGAACCAGAUUUCAAAUACUCUCCUGGAGGCAAUUGAAAAAUCGAGGCUUUCAAUUGUUGUUUUCUCUGAAAACUAUGGAUACUCCACAUGGUGUCUUGAUGAAUUUGUUAAGAUCAUUGAGUGCAUGAAGACUAAGAAUCAGAUGGUUUGGCCAAUAUUUUACAGAGUAGAACAGUCAGAUGUUAGCAAUCAAACAAAAAGUUAUGGAGAUGCCAUGAUUGCACAUGAAAAAAAGUUUGGAAAAGACUCUAAAAAAGUGCAAAAAUGGAGGUCAGCUUUGUCUGAAGUUGCCUUCUUAAAAGGAGAGCAUGUCAAAGAAGAUGAGUACGAAUAUGAAAUCAUAAAAAAGAUUGUAGAAAUGGCCAUUGAUCUUGAAAGCCACUUGUGAUGCCAAGUCCUUGCUCGAAUGUCAACUAGAAGUAAAGAGUUGAAAGUAUCUUAGGAGCCUAACUGAUAAAGGAGGUGUUAAGUGGUGGUUUUACAAGCGAUUACCAGCUUAGAAAUGGAUAGCAGUUCUAUGGCUAUGUUUAACAUUGUGAUGUUGUUUUGGUCUUUCGGAUUUUCAUCCUGUAUAAUUGCAGUUCAGAGAUAAAAGUAUGACAAUGAAAAUAAUAAUUUAUCCAA